AUGCUACACCCCUUGUCAGAACUAUUCGAAUAUGUUGUGGAACAAGGCUAUUGUGAAGAGUUUCAUAUCAAGUUGAUAGUGUUAAACUACGUUUUCUUCUUUGUUGACCAUGUAGCAGUUGUGUUUUUACAUUUCAAGUUUUUCAUAUUUGCCUUCGAACGAUGGUACGCCAUUAACAAGAAAGGGAAAGCACCAGAAGAUGGUGUGUUCGCUAUUAAGCUUCUUGGGGGAUUGGUAAGGUUGUUUUUAACAAAAGUCUUCCAAAACAGUCUCUCCUGAAGCCUCAAAAGUAAAAAAAUUUGACGACAAGACUUUUUUAGUAGUCUCAUAUAUAUCCUUUUUUCAGGCCAUGUUCAUAUCACUAGAAGUGCUCUUCAAAACCAUCUUGUUUUGGAUGUUUGACACUGCAGAUUCAGUGCAUGUUCGAUUGAAAAAAGGCUUAACAGUGACUGGUUCAGCCGAAUUCGAAGGUGUUUGUUAUUUUAUCUUUGGGUUUUCACUAGUUGUUGGCGUUUUGGUAAGAUUUAGCUUUUAUUACAAGAUGCACAAUGCAUUCGCCGUAUUUUACAUAUUUUUUACAAGGAAAGUACUCUACCAGCCUCGCUCAGAAAUAGCUCGAAAGCUUCAAUAUCAUGCUACAACAAAAUAUUAAAACUACCUUUUUCAGCUCUACAAAUACACAAAUGGCUACAUUAGGAAGCUUCGAUUGAAAAGCGAAAGCUUGGCUGAGAGUUUUGAGCUGAGUCAGAGUAAUCGAAUCGCCAAUGUUCUAAAGCCAAUGAUAAUAUUGUACCUUGCAUUUGGAAUAGCAUGUGGGCCUACUUUGGUUUUGUGUUUCUUCAUGACUUUUUGUGAGAAUACCUCUUACUUGAAGAAUCUUUACUUGGCUGGUGUUAGGGUAGGUUUUAAAAACUUUUGUCGCUAUUCACAAUGUAAAUGUAUGCAAAAUUACGACAAGCCUUUUAUUUAAAUAAACCAACAACUUAAAGGAUAUAAAAUAAUCGUAUGUUAUCUUUGAAUUUUCAGGUAAACUAUUUCAACUUAUCAAUUUACACUCUUCUGUCGUUAGUUGUGGCAUUAUAUAAGUUUGGGUUGAUAACUAAGCGUGUCAUUCCAUCGAUGCCCAUGAUGAAGAUGAGAGAUGAGCAAGAUAAUCAUUUUGAUUACUUAACCAGCUCUUGGGAAGCUAGAAGAGCUAAAUUUUAA